AGAGUCUGGCUCGUCCAGACCGUUCUCAUCCUCUCCCUUUGCCAUCACCAACCAAGACAGUCCUUCCCCUUCUCUUCAUUCCUUCCUUCGCCAACGCGGCACCCACUACCUAGCCUGGUGCUAGAGAUACUAACCAAGUCGAUCCCUCCACAACAGCAGUUGUACCACACAACAACUCACGAGCCCAGCCGUCAACAUGCUGUCCCUGCUCUCCAAGUCUCUGGCAUUCCUUGCCGGUAUCCAGGCCGUCGCGGGCCUGGCCAUACCCACGGUCCAGGACAAGGCCCUCGAGGUCUCCAAGCGCGCCAACGGGCCCGUCAACUCGGUGUACUUCACCAACUGGGGCAUCUACGGCCGUAACUUCCAGCCUGCGGAUCUCCCUGCGUCGGAUAUUACGCACGUUCUCUACUCAUUCCUGAACCUCCGCGCCGAUGGCACCGUGUACUCCGGUGACACCUAUGCCGAUAUUGAGAAGCACUAUGCCGACGAUUCCUGGAACGACGUCGGCAACAACGCCUACGGCUGCGUGAAGCAGCUGUACAAGCUCAAAAAGGCCAACCGCGGCCUCAAGGUCGUGCUCUCCAUCGGUGGCUGGACCUGGUCCACCAACUUCCCGGCCGCCGCCUCCACGGAGCAGGGCCGCGCGACCUUUGCGCAGACCUCGGUGGCCUUUAUGAAGGACUGGGGCUUUGACGGCAUCGACAUUGACUGGGAGUACCCGGCCAAUGACAAAGAGGCUAGCGACAUGGUGCUCCUCCUCAAGCGCGUCCGCCAGGAGCUCGACGACUACUCGGCCCAGCACGCCAACGGCUACCACUUUGAGCUCUCCAUCGCCGCCCCCGCAGGGCCGACCAACUUCAACAAACUCAAGCUGGCCGAGCUGGGCCAGGUCCUCGACCACGUCAACCUCAUGGCCUACGACUACGCCGGGUCCUUCAGCGACUAUGCCGGCCACCAGGCCAACCUGUACCCGAGCAAGGACAACCCCAAGUCGACCCCGUUCAGCACCCAGGUCGCCGUCGACGCCUACCUCGCGGGCGGCAUCCCCUCGGAGAAGCUCGUCCUCGGCAUGCCCAUCUACGGGCGUGACUUCACCGGCACCGCGGGGCCCGGCACGCCCUUUACCGGCCAGGGCCAGGGCAGCUGGGAGCGCGGUAUCUGGGACUACAAGGACCUGCCCCUCGACGGCGCGACGGUGCAGUACGACGAGGCGAUUGGCGCCACCUGGACCUUUGCCAACGGCCAGAUGGUCUCCUUUGACACGCCCGACAUGAUCCGCCAAAAGGUCUCGUAUGCUCAGGACCACAGUCUCGGCGGCAGCAUGUUCUGGGAGGCGUCUGCCGACAAGACGGGCGCCGACUCGCUUAUUAGCACGGCCCGUGAUGCCAUGGGCGGGUUGGACACGACGCAGAACUGCCUCGACUACCCGGACUCGCAGUACGACAACAUCCGCAAGGGUCUUGCCUAGGCGGAUUUAUUUCUUUUCGUCACAUUGCCUUGCACCUGGUGUGCUGUCGCUCGCUAUGUUUGGACACCGACGCUCAUUUAUAUCACGCUUCGAAUGGAGGGCUACACGCACUCAGUCACUCGCUUCAUGACGGCGCCGUCAAACGCAAAUUGGGAUGGCUUCUUGGCCGUUCGUUCGUCUGCUACACUGGCAGGAUCUGCCUAUUUCUCCGUAUAUAUUGCAAAUGGAACGUACAUACUCCGCGACUUCGCUUCUUCUCUCCAUACUCGUGAAUGUCAGGGGCUACGUGGUACUCCAACAGCACGUGGAUGGCCCGCAGCCAAGACUUCUAAGUAUUCUUUAUUAGACUGGGAGCAAUGCAUAACUGGGGUCCUAACCGGUCCCGAGCUGUUGGAAACCUCUAGGCUGAGGCGAUAGGUCGCCCAGGGUCCAGACAAUAGUCUCUUGUGAUAUUCAGGGCCCAGAAGCGGGUGC